AUGCUCGAGGAAACUUUUCAUCUAGCGGAUAUGACUCAUCAUUGACUAAACGCUGCAUCCUAGGCAGCCGCCAUUUGGGUGACUUCGGUUCUUGAAACAUAGGGUUCGUUGUAGGCAUUCUCUUAGGCCUAUACAUUCUAGUAAAUUAGCAUAGUAAUGGCUAAAAAAUCAGCAAACAAUGCAACACGAGCACAAACUGACGUGUAAUCGCUGGACUCGGGUCUGUUACGGGCUACGUGUUAAAUUCUGGGUGAAUUGAUACGGCACGAUUUCCAACCCCUCGGUUUGGUCAUUUAUUUUGACUGAACUCUACUUGUGGCGCAGCAAAAUUUCCAGGCAUUAUUGUCUGACAAAAUGGAUUUUUUUUAAUGAAAGUAUAGUAUCGACUUAAAGCAAGAAGGGUCAAUGGUUUGCCAGCCGACGAGGCGGUUAAGCAGAAUGGUCAAUAACAAACGAAUAUUCGUCUGCUGCUUGUGCCUGGCGCUAGUUGCUGUUGCGCUCUUCAUCAUGCAGCCGUAUGACAGCUACUACGCUUACUCAGGACGAUUCGGCAGUCUAGGAAAGGGCACGAAUAGAGAUACAUUUGACUUCAUGAGCCGUAGACAACUUUUCAGCGUUGGUCUGUCAGGAUCCAAUCGUUCUAAAACCUGGGAAGACGAGCAGGCAUUCCGUAAGAAACUCGUAUCAGACACUUGCCAGGCCGUUCGCAAGCGAUCCAAAGGUAUCUACCCUAGACUGGUAUACAAUUUGACCAAGGCACACGAUGAUCAUCUGCUCAAGUUCUUGUUAGUUGUUGAUUCCCUGAAGACGGUCUACUGUUAUGUCCCAAAGGUCGGCACGACUAGCUGGAAGCGGUUGGUUCUUUUCCUCGAGGGGAAAGUCAACUCGACGGACGAAGUGGGCCAAAAGAAGACGCACAACUUAACAAACAUUUUCAUCCGUAACCUCAACUCCUUUACGUUGGAAGAGGUCACGAAGGUCUUGGCUUCUUACAAGAAGUUUCUUUUCGUCCGAAACCCCUUUGAGAGGAUCCUGUCGGCAUACCAGGAUAAGUUCCAGAACGACUAUCCAGCCAGCACGGUGUUCCGUAGGAUAUGGAGCGAGCGCAUCAUUCGGUACAGCAGCAGCGAUCAAACCGAGGCGCUGCCUGGAGGCAAACGGAGAUCGGACGGCACGCUGAACGUCUCGUUCCCCGAGUUCGCUCGAUUCGUUGGCGAGUCCUUGGACUCAGGCGUCCACAAUAGUCGCAACGAGCACUGGAUGGAGGUAUAUAGGCUGUGCCACCCGUGCGCCAUCGAAUACGACUGGAUCGGUCACUACGAAUCCAUGCAGACGGACGCUAACAAGAUACUACGUGCCGUUGGCGUGGAUCCCGCGGUCAAGUUCCCAAACUUCACCACUAACCCAACGGAUAGCUCAAGUUACAGCACACUGCAGCGAUACUAUUCGCAGCUGUCUACAGACGACAUUGUUGCCGUUUACAAAAAGUACUUUCUGGAUUUUUUCAUGUUCGGCUAUGACAUACCGUCGCCAAUCAAGUUGAUUAUGGAUUGAACAACUAUGUCGUCGGUGUUUUAAGGACUUAAGAAAAACUUUGGGAAAUCGAUUAGGAGGUUUGGUGGCCAUUUCAUUCAAUUUGACUGGGCACAGAUGUUUUUUGGUCACUUCAUGAAAACACUGACAACAUUUUGAAGUAGCUUUUUGACAUCGUCAUCGUGACUAAGACUGUCAUUUCCACGAGCAGUCAUCACCCUGCUUGCUUGAGUCCAUUCAAAUUUCAAUGUGCCUCAGGACUUAACCGUUAUGGUCAAUUAUGUUCAGGUCAUAGUAAAUAAAAAUUGGAAGAGACGCCGAGGUCAGUCCCUCGAAACUGGUUCUGUACACAUCUGAAUUGGGCAGACCAUGGAACAAAGACAUAUAAUAAUGGUGUCACAAACAUCGAUGUAACGAUUAUCGUAUAAUGAAGAAAGCCUGGACCUCUGCGAUAUGAGUGUCUGUGUGUGAAAACCUUAUCAUGAGAAGCAAACGUAUCUUUCUCAACAAGUAGCGCGUUGAAUGAGUGUACUUGAAUUGAGUUGACUGACAGACUGAUUGACUGACAGACCGACUGAUUCAUUUGACAUGAAAGGCCUACUCGUAUAGGCGCGAAAGCUAACACAAACGCGAAUUUAUGAGGUCAGCUCAAAUAUUCGAGCGCCGUAUGGCAAGGUAAUUAAAAAACCCUAUUUACACAGGGUCAGCAAUUCGCAUGAAAUAAAUGUGGCGGUUGUCCUCAU